AUGAACUCCCCAGACUCAAGGUCUCCCAUGAUCAUGAAGCAGAAAACUCUCCCUCCUUUUGCCUGCAUCAGAUCUCGUCCUUUGCCACACAAACUCAGGGCUCAGGCUGUCUGGGUGAGCUGCAGCCUCAUGACUGGGUCAGUGUCUUGGCACCAUUUGCUUCCUGUGGCCCUGGUCUCAAGGAAAGUUCAGCAAGGAGGAGCUGAAGAACCUCCAGGCGCUAUUCCACUUCCUCUCCUCUGCUUCACCCUUUGCCUUUAUUCCGAUCCUGCCGUGUACACGGAAGGGCUCACACGGACACGGCUCUUCACACCCUUGAAUGUGUCUUCAUGCUCUGGCUCCAUGGAAGAAUUGUCUCCUCUUGAUCUUCUGCCCACUGUCCCCAGCCUCAGACUCAGCCUUUGCCAACCAGCCUUCCAGGGGCCGACCUCGUACCAUAUCAUCAAAAUGGCCUCCUUUGUCAACAGCAGCUGGGCACAAAUUCAAGGCUCAGGCUGGCUGGGUGAUCUGCAGAUACAUGGCUGGGACAGAGAUGCAGACACAGUCACAUUACUGAAGCCCUGGUCUAAGGGCAACUUCAGUGGUGAGGAGUUCACUGAAUUUGUAAAGUUAGUUCGAUUCUACUUCGUCAGAUUCUUUCAAGAAAUUCAGAAACGCACCAGUGGAUCUGAGAAGUACCCCUUUGAGGUCCAGGGUAUAGCAGGUUGUGAGCUGCGUCCUGGAGGUGCCACAGAAAGCUUCUUGAGGACAGCUGUAGGAGGACUGGAGUUCCUGAGCUUCCAGAAUGAUACAUGCACGCCUUCCCCAGAAGGUGGCAGGCUGGCGCAGGAAGUGUGCACACUGAUCAAUUUAUUUCCCAACACCUUUAAAAUUGUAAGGAAGCUCCUCUAUGAAACCUGUCCCCGAUAUCUCUUGGGAGUCCUUGAUGCUGGGAAGGUGGAUCUACAGAGGCAAGUGAAGCCCCAGGCCUGGCUGUCCAGUGGAGCCCGUCCCGGGCCUGGCCGGCUGCUGCUGGUGUGCCACGUCUCAGGAUUCUACCCCAAGCCCAGGUGGGUGAUGUGGAUGCGGGGGGAGCAGGAGCAGCCGGGCACUCAGCAAGGUGACGUCCUGCCCAAUGCUGACUGGACGUGGUAUGUCCGGGUCACUCUGGACAUAGCAGCUGGGGAGGAGGCCGGCCUGUCUUGUCGAGUGAAGCACAGCAGCCUAGGAGGCCAGGACAUCAACCUGCACUGGGGACACCCCAUCUCUACUGGCAUGAUCUUUUUGGCAACAAUAGUGACCUGCUUGGUCAUUUUGCUAUUCCUUGCAUUAUGGUUUGUGAAGCGUCGGUGA